AUGCCGUGCGCAAAUAUUAAACAGACUUUUAAAAAAUUAUCCAAGGAGACAAUGCAUGCAAAAGUACUGCCAGUUGUUGGCCCCAUUAUACUCCCCAUACUAUUUGGGAUGUGUCUCACCUCGCUAAACGUGCUCGGAAACAGAGCUGUUACUUCCCAAGGAAACUCAACUGAGAGCAUAGAUGAGCUCGUAUCUGCUCCAUUCUCAAAGCAGAGUGGAUGGGAGUUCUUGUCCAUUUCCAUGUUCAUUGGCACUUUCACAUUCUCGCUCGCUCUAUUCAUCAUGGGGCUUCUUAAGAAAACACCAUACGCCCAUUUUAAGUCUCUUUUCACGAGCUCAGCUUUCCUCAUUGCUGCGACUAAUUUGAUCUGCGCAUAUUCUUCUGCUUUCUCUGUGCUAUUUGCAGCUAGGUUCUGCAUGGGAGUGGGAACGGGAAUAGCAUGCGCCCUGGGCCCAGUGUACUACAUAAAGCUGCUGGGACCAAAAGCAGGGUCUGUUGUUGCUACACUGCAGGGCCUAUUCAUUAACCUUGGCAUCCUGAUUGAAGGAAGAAUAUCGCACCAGCUGAGCGGACAAGACGACAAAACAGCAUCCUACAUCUUUUCCAUUAUCGCAGUGAUGUCAUUUGUGUCCCUUGUUUUUAACAUUGUUUUCACGAAGAACUUGCACGACACCAACCAAAGCAAAUUUGAAGACGUGGAGAUCAUUAGGGCAGUGCGCAGUGGAGUGCCAUCUAAGAAAAAAGUGCUGGAUAAGAGCCCUGUGCUGAUGAUUGCUGCGUGCAUAAUCAUGCAGGUGGUGCAGCAGAUGACAGGAAUUAACCCCAUACUGUCGAUUCAGUCUGUGGUCUUCAAUCCUGCGCUGGACAAUACAGCCACUGCGAAGGGCUUCUUUGACUCUGCUGGGUUUAUAGGCAUGUUCAUCUCCAUUGGCAUUCUGAUGGUGAAAAAUGACUGUCUGAGCUGGAUGGCUCUACUUACGGGCGUAGGCGCGUGUGUUUCUCUUGUCAUCGGAUGGCUGGGAAGUGGCAUUGUUAUGUGCUGGGCUGCAGGAUUCUAUCUUCUCUUCUUCUCCAUUGGCUUAGCGAAUCUUCCGUGGAUGCUUCCCUCUAUUCUCCUGAAAGCAGAGAGGAAUGUGUCUAUGGCUGCUGGCUUAGGCUCUUUGUCAAAUGCAGUGGUAUCUUGUGCUGCAGUCUUUGGGUACAUCAGCGCGUAUUCGCUCCUUGGAAAGAGCCUCUUUGGAGUCUUUGCCCUUUUCUGCCUGACGGAGGGAGUGCUGGGCUUCUAUCUUCUCGUGCAGACCGCUAGAAAUGAGAGAUACAUCCCAACAGCUGAUAACAGCAAGGCCAGCAGACUAAUUGCUGCUGGUGAAGACGAAACAGAAAUGUAG